AUGUCCGCCAUCACCAUCCCUCACCUUGUGGCCACCGAGACUUCCAAGCAGCUAGUCGUCCAUGGCAAGCCCUUUCUCAUGCUUCCUGCCGAGCUGCAGAACUCAUCCAUGACAUGCGCGGAGCACAUGAGCACAGUCUGGCAGAACCUGGUUGAUGCCAAUGUCAAUACGGUUCUAGGUUCUGUCACCUGGGAGAUGAUCGAGCCUGUCGAAGGGUUGUACAAUUUCGAGGAGUUGGACAAGGUCAUCUUCGACGCUCGCAGACACAAUCUCCACCUCGUGCUGUUGUGGUUUGGCUCCUAUAAAAAUGGUGUCUCUACAUAUGUUCCCCCUUGGGUUAAAACCGACGUGAAGAGAUUCCCAAGAGCCAAGCUGAGGACGAAAGAGAACACCCUGAGGACCAGCGAAGUGCUCUCGCUUUUCUCCUCCGAGGCCGUGACAGCAGACGCAAAGGCCUUCAAGAAGCUAAUGUCCCACGUUCGAGAAAUCGACGAAGCCCACUCAACCGUGUUGAUGGUUCAAGUCGAGAACGAGCCCGGCUUGAUCGGUGAUUCUCGAGACGCCUCAGCUGCCGCGACUCAAAGGUUCUCCGAGCCCGUUCCCGAUGAUUUGAUUGAGUACCUGUCUAGUGAAUACGACAAUUUGCAUGACGACCUGAAGGAGAACCUCGCUCACUUUUCUGCUCGCACCGCCGAUUCCGGCAAUGCCAGCUGGGAGGAUGUCUUUGGUAAAGGCCCCAAGACGGAUGAGAUCUUUAUGGCGUAUCACUACUCCCGGUUCGUCGAGAAAGUUGCUGCUGCGGGCAGAGAGGCAUAUGCCCUUCCGCUUUUCACAAACGUUUGGCUCAACUCAUCCGGUAAUGAUGCCGACAACGACUUCCCCAACGUUGCCAGUGGCGGAGGCGACCCCGGGAACUACCCUUCUGGUGGUGCCACAAGCUGCGCCCUCGACAUCUGGCAGAAAUUCGCCCCAACGCUAGACUUCAUCUCCCCUGAUAUCUAUCUCAAUGAUUAUUCCUCCAUCUGCACAAAGUACCGCCACCGCCAGCAGCCUCUGUUCAUACCCGAGCAGCGCCGCGAUGCCUACGGUGCACGCCGCAUCUGGCAUGCUCUAGGCUCGCAUGCUGCCCUCGGCGCAUCGCCUUUCGGCCUCGACACUGUCGCUCCCGAAAGUAAUCCCUACACCAGACACUUCGGGCUCCUUGAAUCCGUCUCAGCCAUCGUCCUGGACGCACAGCGGAGACCAAAUAGCUCCGUGGGUUUCUUCUUCGAUGAGAUUGCAGAGGACGGCAGCGACCCGAGCAGCCCUGUUGUGUGUCGACUGGGAGACUACGAGCUGACCAUUGGGCGCUGCUUUGUCUUCGGGAGGCCCGGGCCUGGGUCAGGCAUGGUUAUCCACCGUGGAGGUGGCGUUUUCUUGCUUAUUGGAUGGGGCUUCCAGGUGGUAGCGCGGUCACUCAACCCAAACGCCACAUACACGGGCAUUCUGAGAUUUGAGGAGAAGUUCGUUGUGGAUUCCGCAGCCGGGAAGCUCCGCACGGGGAGAUACUUAAAUGGAGACGAGACGCGGUCGGGCCUCUUUGCCAUGAUGCCAAAUGAGGACCCCGAUUAUGGUGGCUUCCCUGUUGCUGUUACCAUUCCAGCCAAAACCAUGAUUGCUGAGCUGGAGGUUUAUCACUUGACGGAAGAUACUUAA